CUUAGAAACCUAGAUUGAGAGAUAAAAAAAAAAAAAAGCAUAAUCCACAAGGAGAACAUGGCGUUACGGAUUGAAGAUGAAGGUGCGUAUUUCCGUGCGCUGAGCAACUAUUGGCGUCAAGUGAAUCAUUCCGAGGGUUUCGAUAUCGAGGAUGUCUCAGAACCACAUGGUAUCGGUGGACUGUUUCGUUACGACUGUCAACGCGAGGAUACUAGAGUCCUCGAUGAGCUCACAGGGUACUUGACUCUCCAGGGUGGGUUUGGCUAUUUGUUUGGAGAAGAAGCAGCUGUGGAGCGUUCUAUGACUAGCUCGAGCUUUGCUUUUGAUGAUGAGCUGCCUCCUAUCACUCUCCCGACUCGACCAAUUAAUCUCCACCUCUACAAAUGGAAAUAAUGAGCCGAGUUCUAUAAAGCGAGGCGUCUUCUGUAGGACUGUUAGUCUAUUUGCUUUCCUGCUGUAAGAGCCAUUAGUGUUGUGAAUUUAGAAUAUAGCACCAUGAAAGAUCUGGUUAUGUAUACGAGUAAAGGUACUUCCUUUCA